AUGAGUGACAACCAGGAAACAUCCGAUGCUGAGGAGGACAAGACUCCGGCCGGGAGCGCGACCUUGCCGCUCCGGCCGCCGUGCGACCGCCUCCCUUGCCACAAAAGCAGCGUGUGCUCCCGCUCCUACUUCGUGGUAGUGAUGGUGUUUUUUCACGUAUACAUCAUUAAUGUUAUAUUACUGCUAUUUUACGUGCAUUACAACAGCGGGCAGGAAGAUGCCAACCGGAGUCGUGAUGCUCCGAGCAGUAACCACCAGCGCCCCGAGUCGCGACGUCCGCCAUCAAAGCCUGAGUUCCUGCGUGAUGUUUCCCUAACAAGAAUCGAGGGGAUAAGGGUGGGACACGUCCAGAAGGUGUCACUGGUGCCAGGCAAAGUGCAUGAAAUGCGGACUCUGAGUAUGAAACCUCUGCUGUUUGAGAUCCCUGGGUUUUUGUCAGACGAUGAGUGCCGUGUUGUGAUGCAACUUGCACAGCUAAAAGGCCUAAUAGAAAGCCAGCUAAUGGUGCAAGACGGCCAGGAGGAGCUGGCCAAGGAACUCAACCUCAGCCCAGAGGAGAUCUUCAACCUUCUUGAUAUCAACCAGGAUGGACAGUUACAGCUCCAUGAGAUACUGACCCAUUCUCGAGUGAGGGACGGCAUCUGGCUUACACCGGAGAAUCUGCGAGAAAUCUAUGCUGGGCUCAAAGCUGACAAGGAUGGUAAUGGUUUGCUGAGUCUGGAAGAGUUCAGGCUUCUGAGCAAUGAUGCCUUCCAGCGCUUCCUGCUGCAGCGAGGAGUGAAGAGGAGUCAGCUGGUGAGAAACAGCAGACACACCUGGCUGUAUCAGGGCAAAGGAGCACACCAGGCCCUCCAAGACAUUAAGACCAAGGUGACUCGCCUCACUCGGCUCCCACCCGUAUUAGUGGACCUCAGUGAGCCGCUCCAGGUGGUUCGCUAUGACGAGGGAGGACACUACCACGCCCACCACGACAGCGGCCCUGUGUAUCCUGAAACAGCCUGCACACACACACGCCUCGCAGCCAACACAUCCACUCCUUUUGAGACAUCUUGCAGGUACAUCACAGUUCUCUUCUACCUGAACUCUGUUGAGGGAGGCGGGGAGACCGCAUUCCCUGUGGCAGACAACAGGACCUAUGAUGAAGUGUCUCUCAUACAGAAUGAUGUCGACCUUUUGGACACCAGAAGGAAUUGUGACAAGAGUAACCUGAGGGUGAAGCCUACCAAAGGGACAGCUGUUUUCUGGUACAACUACCUUUCUGAUGGAAGAGGUUGGGUGGGAGAGCAGGAUGAAUACGCUCUGCAUGGAGGCUGUGUGGUCACCCAUGGCACUAAGUGGGUCGCAAAUAAAUGGAUCAACAUUGAUCCAGAUUACCAGCGGCAGGCUCACUACCAGCAGCUGGUUGCACAGCAGUCAGAGGACGAGGAUGAUGGUCUGACCCCGAACCCAGACAUACAGAGUUCUAAUAUCCAUCAAGACUUGUAGCUCAUAAACCAAAUUUAUAUACAGUAUAAAAAAUCUACCUAGCCUUCCUUAGUCCUGUGCACAACAUCUUUGGCAACAUCCUCCGUGGCCAGUAUGUAGAGACAAGAUUUAUUCAGGGAAUGAGGUUACAGUGGGUUUAUGCAACUGUAAAUAUAUGCUUUUGUUAAAUAUUGCUUGGAUAUUGUUAUCCUGUUAUUUUUUAAACUCUAAUAAUUUCACAUUUCAGGAAUGUUGCACUAGAAACUCAUUGAAGGAGUUGAGACAAAAAAAAUCCCUUUGCAUGCAUUAGCUCCACAGAUUUUGCUGUUGCUAUGAGCAGAAAUUGCACUUGAAAAUUGAAAUGGCUGCUGUAAACAUUUCAAUGUCUUACCUUGUUAUUGCUGCCAUUACCAAAAAAGGCUCACACACUGUCAGUGUGAUGCAUGUCUUGUUACUUGUAUUCCUCAUUUUCUACCAGAUUCUUCUUGAAACGUAUUGUUUGUAUGUUUAAUUUUAUUAGUUUAUUUUUUUUCUCUAUACAUGCACUCUGUCAUUCUCUCACAUUGAAUAAAGGUAAAUUAAGCU